AUGUUCUUCCGAGGGGCGGCACUCGUGUUGCUGCUCCUAUGUCUCGCCCAGCUGGCUCUCUGCGCCGAGGACUAUUAUAAUCUCCUCGGCAUCAGCAAGUCCGCCUCGGACCGCGAGAUCAAGUCCGCCUACCGUAAACUGAGCAAGAAAUACCACCCUGAUAAGAACCCCGGCGACGCCACCGCAAAAGACAAGUUCGUCGAAGUCUCGGAGGCCUACGAGGCCCUUAUUGAUCCCGAAAGCCGCAAGAUCUACGACCAGUACGGCCACGAGGGCCUCAAGCAGCAGCAGCAGGGCGGCGGCGGCCACCGCCACGACCCCUUUGACGUCUUCUCCCGCUUCUUCGGCGGCGGCGGCCACUUUGGCGGCCAAGGUCAGCGCCGCGGCCAGGACGUCAACGUGCGCAUCGGUAUCUCCCUCCGCGACUUCUACAACGGCGUAAACACCGAGUUCCAGUGGGACAAGCAGCACAUCUGCGAGGACUGCGACGGCACCGGCUCCGCCGACGGCAAGGUCGAGACGUGCGGCGUCUGCGGCGGCCGCGGUGUGCGCAUCGUCAAGCACCAGCUCGCCCCCGGCAUGUUCCAGCAGGUCCAGAUGCAGUGCGACGCCUGCGGCGGCCGCGGCCAGAGCAUCAAGCACAAGUGCCACACCUGCGGCGGCGCGCGCGUCGUGCGGAAGCCCACGACGGUCCAGCUCACCGUCGCCCGGGGCGCCGCGAGGGACAGCCAGAUCGUGUACGAGAACGAGGCGGACGCAAGCCCCGACUACGUCGCCGGCAACCUGGUCGUCACGCUGGCCGAGAAGGAGCCGGGGCUCGAGCAGGACAACCCCGACCGCGUCGACGGCACCUUCUUCAGGCGCAAGAACCACGACCUGUACUGGACAGAGGUCCUCUCGUUGCGCGAGGCGUGGAUGGGAGACUGGACGCGGAACCUGACCCAUCUUGACGGACACAUCGUGCGCCUCGGCCGCGACAGGGGCCAGGUCGUGCAGCCGGGCCACGUGGAGACAGUCAAGGGCGAGGGCAUGCCCGUGUAUCACGAGGACGGCGACAGCGUCUACCACCAGACCGAGUUUGGCAAUCUGUACGUCGACUACGUCGUGGUGCUGCCGGAUCAGAUGGAGUCGGGCAUGGAGAAGGAGCUCUGGAGCGUCUUCCAGAAGUGGCGGGGCAAGAUCGGCGUCGACCUACACAAGGACAGCGGGCGGCCAGAGAAGCCCGUGGUGCACGACGAGUUAUGA